AUGGCAAUGGUAGUUAGCAGCUGGCGAGAUGCGCAAGAGGACGUGGCCGGGGGCGGCCCCACCGGAGCAGCUCAGCCGGGCCGGGACCCGCAGCAAGGGGCCUCGGCGGCCCCCCACACGCCGCAGACGCCCAGCCAGCCGGGCGCGCCGUCCACGCCGGGCGACAAGGGGCAGCAGCAGCAGGGAUCGGGCCAGAGCCAGCAGCAGCAGCAGCAGCACAUCGAGUGCGUGGUUUGCGGCGACAAGUCCAGCGGCAAGCACUAUGGGCAGUUCACCUGCGAGGGCUGCAAAAGUUUCUUCAAGCGAAGCGUCCGCAGGAACUUAACGUACACUUGCCGGGCCAACCGGAACUGUCCCAUCGACCAGCACCACCGCAACCAGUGCCAGUACUGCCGCCUCAAGAAGUGCCUCAAAGUGGGCAUGAGGCGGGAAGGUGAAUAUUAUUUCUUCCCUAUUCGGAUCCGGAUUGUUUGUGUGUGUGUCCAGGGCAGGUUGGGAGGAGGAGGAGGAGGGAGAGAAGGCUGGUACCCCCUCCCUCUCCUCCGAGCAUCCCCCUCCCCACCAGACAAACAGACACACUUUCGCAACCACUACACUUGCUUCCUUUAGAGAUGCGUAAUGUUGCUAUUACUCUUACUCUUACAUUGAAUGGUGUCUAUUCCUAGGUUGGGGGCUCUCUCCUUUCUUGGCUUGGAGCUGGUGGGGGCAGACAGAGAGAGGGAGAGAGAGACCCUUCUUUCAGUCUCCCUUUCCUCUCUUCAUUAUUUCGCCCCAUUAGAAAGAUGGGGGGGGGGGAGAAAGCACAACAAUUCACGUUAGAUCCUUCCCCCACCACAACCCUGGCCUCAAAGCUGAAAGAGACGUGUGUUGUGUGUAAGUUUGUUUGUUUGUUUUAAAAUCAUAAUAAUAUAUAUAUUUUAAAACAAAUUGGAGGGCCAAUGGUGUUUAAAUUGCUCUGUUUGUGUGGCUGCUUCCUUGCACCUUCGCUCCCUGCUAGGCGAUCCCACCUCGCCAAAUCCGGCCUUGUUUGGACUCCCUCGUGCUUUCAAAGGAAGUUUGUGAACGAUCACUGCUUUUACAGUUCUGUCAUUUCCCACCCCGUGUGCAUGCUGCUUGUUUUAUUUCUCCAUCAGACGCCAUCGUCGCUUUAUACUGCAUCCCAAUAAUACUGGUUCUUAUUAGUCUUAUUAUUUUUAAGCAUAGCUUGCCUUUGGAAUGUGGUGCUUAUUUGAAAAGGAAUACCUCCAGUGUUAUGAUGGUACUUUCUUUCUGUGUGUUUGUGUGUGUGUGUUAAUUCCGAGAGAGAGAUCUAUAUUUAUAUGAAUGAAAGGAAUAGUUAUUAUAUGUAUUUGUAUGUGGGGGGGGGUGUACGUGUGUGCUUGUGUAUAUAUAGUAAGAGCGAUUUACUGCGGCGGUGUUUUUGGUCUCCACACACAUACUUGUAUAGAUAUAUACACACACACACUAUUUAGCUGUUUGAUGCUGAAAAUUCAGCCUCGUGACCCUAUUUAAAGAGGUCCUUAGGAGUCAAAUGAGCCAAACACUUUCGGCAAUGGAAAUGGCUUGAAAAUAAUAGAAAAAAUAAAAAAUAAAGCACAUCUCUCCCGGGUGCCACAAGGAAAGAAUGGAAAUCCUUUUAAAACGGGCCACUGAUGACUUCAUUUAGGAGUUUCGGAGAGCUGUUGUCAGGAUAGGGGUCUCGGGGAAAAAUGUAUAUAUCGAGAGCGAGGGGGAGCACAGGGAUAUAUAUGUAUAGCAGCUAACAGCCCUCUCACAGCCUUUGAACUGUGUUUGCAUUUAAUUGAAACACAGAACUGCCAGGUUUGGAAGUAUAAUUUGCAGAGGGAGGAGGGAGGAAAGGGGGAUUCUGACAGCUCGAUGGGAAUAUUAGAAUUUUUUCCCCCAUCAAAAGUAUGAUUAAAAACAGGAAACCCUGAAGAAAAUAACUCUUCCUGUGAAACAGAAAAUAUUAAUUUUCUGCGCCUAAGAAAUAACUCUCAGUUGUCCUCUCUUUGCUCUAAGUUACCUUUGUUUACAUGCCAGGAGUGUGAAUUGCUGACCCAGAUUAAGCAGACCCGGACACACACGCGCACACACACAAACUUUGCUCAGCUUCGGAAACUCCAAGCAUGCUGGCGUUUGGGGCUGGGGUGGUUAAUGAAUUCCGUGAGUUUGUGUGCCCGGCGCGUCUCUUUUUGCACAGUUGCAAACGUGUGUUUUCACUGGCCAGAUCGUGGGCAUAUAUUUCCCACCCUCCUUUAAUUUUCAUUUUCAUGCAUCUGCAACCACGCAGAGAAUUAUUCGCCCUUCUCCCCACACUCAUGUUCGGCUUCCGUAAAUCGAAAUCUUCAUUUUGACCUCCUUUUUAAUAAUAACAACAACAGCAGUCAAACCUUUCCUCCCCCCGCCCCGUCCUCCUCCAGCCAGGGAGAAAGAACUCUGCUGCAAACAGGAGAGAAGCUUCCUCAGCUGAACCUGGGAACUGUUUAGGGAGAAGGCGCUUUAGGGGGUAGCUCUCCCACCCCUCACCUCACCUCACCCCACCCCCACUCCAAGCACUUUUGCAAGCCUAUUUGCUGAGUGGGACUCCGGACUGGCAAAUAAAGCGGGGAGCCUGCGCGGGAUGGCCUUUCCGGAUUCCCAAUCCUCGGAGCGCUAAAUCGGCCGAGAGGUGACCAAGGAUGGCUACCUGGCUAUCAGGCAAGGCUAGGAGGGAGCAACUUGGAGGUGGGCCCUGACUUUGGAGAGUUCUUUCAGGGACUGCCUCAUCAUCAUCAUCACCACCACUAUUUUCAUCAUUCCUCUUAUUAUUACUAUUACUACAAAGAGAAUGGCAGUCUUGUAAGGCAGUAUACAUGUCCCCAUUUGCACAACAAUGCAAACUGAGGUGGGGGGGGGGACAGGCUUGCAUUGUGCGUGUUUGCCACCCUCCCGGCCGGAUUUGUGCGUGUCUGUGUGAGAGAAAGAGCCGACGCCUGUGUGUGUGUCUGUGCGCCUGUGUGCGCGCUGUGUGCGCGCGUUGCUGUGGGAAGAAGGCUCCGCUUUGUUGCGCGGCGGCGGCUAGCGGGCUGGGUUUCGCCAAGGCUGCUGGAUGCACAUUUCCUCUCCUUUUCUCUCUCUCUCCCUCUUUUCGUCAGCGGUUCAGCGAGGAAGGAUGCCUCCGAGCCAGCCGAACCCGGGCCAGUACGCGCUGACCAACGGCGACCCGCUGAACGGCCACUGCUACCUGUCGGGCUACAUCUCACUGCUGCUGCGCGCCGAGCCUUACCCGACGUCUCGCUACGGCAGCCAGUGCAUGCAGCCCAACAACAUCAUGGGCAUCGAGAACAUCUGCGAGCUGGCGGCGCGGCUGCUCUUCAGCGCCGUCGAGUGGGCCCGCAACAUCCCCUUCUUCCCGGACCUGCAGAUCACCGACCAGGUGGCCCUGCUGCGCCUCACCUGGAGCGAGCUCUUCGUCCUCAACGCGGCCCAGUGCUCCAUGCCCCUGCACGUGGCGCCCCUCUUGGCCGCCGCAGGCCUCCACGCCUCGCCCAUGUCCGCAGACCGCGUGGUGGCCUUCAUGGACCACAUCCGCAUCUUCCAGGAGCAAGUGGAGAAGCUCAAGGCCCUGCACGUAGACUCGGCCGAGUACAGCUGCCUCAAAGCCAUCGUCCUCUUCACGUCAGGUCAGUGGAGUGGCGGGAGGGAACGGGGGGGGCGUGUUAGGGGGGUGAGCAGCAACACCAGGGGAGCAUGGCUAGGCAAGCCCAGGCACCUUCCUCUCCAAGCAGAUCGGCCUCCUGGUUUGGGUAUAGUCCCCCGGGAUAGUCUGGAGAAAGGAAAGGCGCGCAGGGCCUGCUGAGGCCAAACCUGCCAGCCUGCUGCAGAAGGUUUGUGCAGUAGACGCACCAGAGCCUCAUCCAAAUUCACUUUGCGUUGGGAAAACGAAUCCCUGCCCUCCCCGCAGCACGGCUGCAGCUUCCUCCUGCGCUCCCAGUCUUCUUAAGCAUUCGUUGGAUUGUUCCCCUUAGGCAGGCGGGUGGCUUUGGCAGCUUCCAGUAGGCCUUGGGUGAAAUCGACUAACUCGAAGGUGUAGCGUUGUGUUCAUUGUAGAAGGUGGUAUUCGGCCUCAGGUGGGGGAGAGGGGGGUGCGGUAGGAGCAUAAAUUCCCCCCACCCUUUCCUCGUGCGUUUGUGUGUUUAUUUGUUUGUGGAAGGGAAGAGAGAGUGGUUAGGCCUCGCUGAAAGGGCUUCUCGCCAGAUCUUCUUCCAAUAAGGCAGGCAGGAGCACAAAUAAAUCAUAAAUAAUACUGCUUUAUUGCUGCCUGAUCCCCCCCACCCCCACCCUUAUCGGAAGCCAUUCAUAUUUGCAGUUGCUGUGGUUAGUGACGCUCGUAAAAAUGGAUUCGAGCGCCAGAAAAGGACUUACUUCCCUCCUUCAAAAUAAAGGAAAUAAGACCCAGCCUCAGGCUUUAGAGUACCAACCUGCAGAUGCAUUUCCUCCCUCCCUUCUUUUUCUUCUUUUUUUUAAACAAUGCAAAACCACGCAAACACUGGGAAAUGUAACAGAUUGCCUGCAAAAAUAUCAAAUUAAGGGUAGGCGGGGGUAACGUGCAUGUUAGCAAUUUUGCUUAUGAUAGAUGGUUCAAAUUAACUUUGCAGGAGAGUGCAUUAACGUCGCCUUUGAAGUGCUCCGGUUGGAGCCUAUAAGAAUACAAGACAUCCUUUAUUAUUGUAACCUGUGGGAGAGACAUAUAUACACAUCAACCUGCAAGGAAUAAGGAACAAAGACAAGGGGGAACUUGGCGGAGCCGUUUGGGACGGGGGGAGCGUUGUGUUUGCGAGGGUGGAGGGGUGCGGCGCUAGUCUGUUCACCGAGCACUUUUUGCAAAACUUUUCUCUCAUAUAUAUAUCUCCUUCAGGUUCUUAUACCAUUAAAUCCGCCACCCCCCGUAACCCCGUUUAAAAGUGGCCCGAGAAGAUAUACAAAGCUUUUUGGAAAACAAAGCUGUUUCCGAGGGUCUGGCUGGAGGGGAGAAACCCAUCAAUAUUUGUUGCCUUUCAUGCACGAGAAAUAGUAUUUACAUUGUAGUCAAAUGACUCUUAAAUUUGCACAAUAUUGUAAUGUAGCAAAUGUAGUAUUAAUAUCGAUUUGAACAUCGGAUUAUUUAUUUAGACAGGGGGAUCUCAUUGGUAUGCGUGGUGCUGGUAGACAUGGACUGUGACUGCCCCCCCUUGUUCUUCAGGCUGCAAAUGCAGGCCAGAGCGAGGGUGGGAAAAGGCCGGGCUCUUUUUUCGCAGAGAAUCAAGUACAGGUCUUAAAACAAGUGGGGGAGAUUUACUGAACAGCCGCAGAGACGUUGGGGUGCGUUUUAUCUUCAGGAGCCUUGCCUGACGAAAACGUGUUUUUCAGAACUGACAAAAAGAGACCCUGGUGGCAUUUUUCAGGGUGAUUUAACUGGAGGGUCCUCCCGCAGCCCCUCGUGCUUUUUUAUUAACUCGUUUAUUCAUUGGGGGGGCGGUUAGAUCUAAACUGGGCGGGAAUAGCCCGGCCAUUUGGAAAAUGCAGCUUUUAGGCCGCAGCGUUAAAGAAAGAGGGCGGCCUGCUUUAUUGACUUCACCGCCAAAAGCCCUUGCCUAAAAGGUUUGACCCCCCCUCCGCCCCCUCGAAAGGCGCUUUCUUUCUCUUUUCUCAAAUCCAGGAUGGCUUAGUGCUAGCUGCAUCUGCUAUAUUUAUGUGUGUCCAUAUAUUUUGAUGGUACACAAUGCAACAUUAUUUUUUUAAUCGAGGCAGUGCAAAUUGGCGACAUCCCAAUAUAAGCUGAAAUAAUAAUAGCAUUUUCUAGCACUCGGAUGGGGUGGAAGCCCCAAUGGCGGAGACACAGAAUUCCCACUCUAGUUAUGUCCUGUCUUUCUCCUCCUCCUCUCUCAAACGCCGCCACUUCUACCCCCUACACCCAUUUCCACUUGGGCCUGAUCUUGUUUUGAUUGCUAGCCAGAAGGUAAUUGAUGGCCCGGCUUUCGCUAAGUCCUCCAACUUUUUAAGGAAACUUUGAUGGAUGGAAAAGACAUUUUUAGCCACCUGGUCCCAGGGGCUUUAACUCAACAACCUGAUCCCAAACGUAAAAUGCUUCCAGAUCACUGGUGUUUAAGAUCAGCAGGGGUCACUGGCUUGGAAGUUAUUCUAGUUUCUUGCUUGCCUCUUCUUCUUCUUCCUCCACCAUCUCCUGCCCAUUUGGGUUCCGGAUAUUAUUUUCCAUCCACAAAAGUUUGGAGCCUGUCCCAGGAAGGGGCAUUGUGUUGAAAGUAGCGCUGGUUGAUUUGCUGUUUUCCCACACAGAGAGAUAUGCAAACUCCAUUAAAGAAUUGCCUUUCUAAUUCUGACACCACCCCGCACUUCGAUAUAUAAAAUCUUCCACGGAGGGGCCAGGUUAGAUAAGAUCAGCUCAAUAAAUCUAUCUCCUGCGCCAUAAGAACUUUGAUUUCUCGUUAUAUGCGAGCUGAUUACGUCUAUAUUUUCUGAGCACUAAACUCUCCUGGAUGCGUUACAUGAAAUACAUUCCCUGUACUACAAAGGCCCAGGUUGGCGUGUGCUGAACAGUAAUGAUUAUUUAUUUACAUCAUUUCUUCGCCAUAGACUGGAGGAAGAAAUAUUGAGAAAUAAUGACUGCAGGAAGAAAUAUGAUCAUCUUAAAAAGUGGGACACGCACAAUUUCCACCCAAACCCACCCUUCUCCCGUCCCAGCCCGCCCCCUUCAUCCUUGCUGAGAUGUAAUUCACAGAAGGUGAAUAUGCAUCGCUUUCCCUUCUUUGGUCUAUUUCAUCUUAACUCAAUCAGCUAAUCGAUCAGAUAGCAUAGAUUGUUUAAUUAAUUUUCAGAUCCUCUUGGUUCGCGGUGGAGAUUGAAAGCAUCCCCCGAUCCUAGCGCUAUUUGUUUGAAAUGUAGAGGGGGGAGAUGAGUCCCUGUGAGCUGGCUGGUGUUUCGAGUAAGGGGGUGCGGAAUAAAAUCCAAGCGUGCCUCUCAUAUAUACCUGAGAGGACCUUUCUAUCUUUUUUUAUAAUAAAAAAUGAGAGACAGGCUGAAGAAGCUAUCUGAUAGAAGAUCUGGUCUGUGCCUUUUCUCAAAGAUCCGGUGGUGGUCUUUGCGCCGGAGGUGAAAGACGGGAUAAAUAUUUCACCCCCUCCCUAAGGAAUGGGACCUCCCAGAUAAAUGUGAGGAAGAGGCAAUCAGGCCCUGAAGUCCUGCCGUGUUUAAAAGUUGGGUAGAAACCUUUCGCCUGAGUGGACGAGUAGCAAUACAAGGCAAAUAGCAAAGGAGAAGUUAGCUGGUGAUCUCUAGCAAUCCCCGUCCGAGGAGGCCAGGGACUCUCUCGGCUAUGGACCACGAAGAAGGGCAGGCCUCCGCUGUUGGGUGUGUGUGGGUUGCAAGCUGGCUCCCUCCUCGCCCACCCGUUAGAUGUUGCAAAUGAUCACUGCAUUUAAGGCAAAAGUAGAAAUUAGCACAACAGUCAGGCGUAGGUAAUUGCGGAUCUAAGCGCUCCUUAGGCCGUGGCUGGGGUCAUGGGGGUCUUUUCCUCAGAAGAGCCAGAAUUACAGCUUGGUUGCUCUCUGUUUUCGCUGGAGGCCAGAGGCCUGGAGAUGAAGGUGUUUGACAUGCUUUUUUAAAAAGCCACUUUUGGAAACUAGGGAGAGGGAUACCCCACCCCGCAAGUUCAACAGCAGCAACAACAACAACGAAAUCCACUUGCCACUGUUUCCCCUUUUUAAUGGAUUGCUAUGAGGAAUAAAUCUGGAGCGCCUUUGCAGGGUCAUCCUUAUUUUACAUGGGCAAUUUCGUGAAUUCCUUUUGGGGGCCAUUACUCUGCGAUUAAUUCUUAUAUAGAUUUCUAUAUUAGCAGAGGCCGCCUUUGAUCUGCGCUAAACCGUCCUGCUAGCUGACGGCCGCCUUGUGAUCCGGGUGUUUUGAAAUAUUUAUUAUUAAUAUAAGAAAAACAGGCCGGGGGUGGGAGGAGGAGGAGGCGGCCUGCGGAUGCUUGAGCUCAAAGAACCCACCGCCUCGGUGGGGGGGGCUUCCUCUGUCCCUCCCCCAAAAUACUAUGUGGUGUCUGUAUGUGCGUUUAGGCAGUGGAGAAGGGGUCUGAAUAGUCCUUAACACUUUCUGCUAGGACUUCUAAGACAGAAGGAGAAAUAUCUGGCGAGGGAGUUGGGUGUCCUUCCUCUUACUGCGCCUUUUGCUGGCUGUGCCAGAUGCCCGGGAUCUCGGGGUCCUGGGCGCCAGAGCUGGGCCUCCUGCCUUGCUCUCUGGCGAGCUUGAUCGAGCCUUAGCGGCAGCGGCAGCAACUGCAGCGAGGCAGCCGGCGCAGCAGCUUUGUGCGUGCGAGCGAGGGCGAGAGCAGCUGCAGACAGACGGCUGCUUAGCGCGCAGGGUUGGGGUGCGGGAGGGGGGCAGCUUGGCGGGGCUGGAAGAGGCAGCCCGGACCGAGCCGUCUUCCCGGCGAUGAUUAUAUAGCUUACAGAGAUGUGACCAAUUUUCAAUUACUCGAUCCGAGAGAUCCCCAGACAAAGCAGGGCCUCCCCUUCUCCUUUUCCCUCCCCCCCCCCCCCCCCCCCACGAUCGGAAAUGGAAGCGCGGCCGCCUUUCGUGCGAGCGACUCCAAAUCCUCGCCUGGCUUUCUCGCACGCGCGCUCCUGGCCCGGUUUCUUGCACCCCGAAGCCCUUUUCCUUUAGCUGAGGACGAGGCUGCGUGUGCUUGUCUUGGGCGGGAUGGGGGUGGGGAGGUUGGAGGGAGGAGAGAGAGAGAGAGAGAGAGAGAGGGAGAAAGUACUUGGGAGAAAUGGAAUCCCUCCCUGCUGGCUGUAUCUGUGUGUCUGUCUGUCUUGGGAGAUGGUAUAUGUCAAUGGGAUGUAACAAUAGGAUUCAGCAGCCGAGGCCUCCGUCCUUUCCUGGCUGAUGGGGGGGGGGCAGGUUGCUGGCUGGCUGGGGAAAGAUGGCUCCGGCUCCCCUCCCGGCUGCCUUUCCGCGUCUUCCAUUAUUUAUUUGCAAGGUGGAGGAAGCUGCACAAAGAGAGGGGGGCGGAGGGGGCGUCCGGGGUCGCGGAGGCCGGGUUGCUGCUGCUCCUGCUGCCUGGUUAUUGCUGCUGCUGCUGCGCUUUUUUGGGGGGGAGUGGGGAGAGUUGUGGGCCUUGGUACCUCCCUGGCUAACCGUGUCUCUUCUUCUUCCUCUUCUUCCUCUUCUUCUCCUUGUCCCCCCCCCCCCGGCGCUGCGUGGCAGAUGCCUGUGGCCUCUCGGACGCGGCGCACAUCGAGAGCCUGCAAGAGAAGUCUCAGUGCGCCCUGGAGGAAUACGUGCGGAGCCAGUACCCCAACCAGCCCAGCCGCUUCGGCAAACUGCUCCUCCGGCUGCCUUCGCUGCGCACCGUCUCGUCGUCGGUCAUCGAGCAGCUCUUCUUCGUCCGCUUGGUAGGUAAAACCCCCAUCGAGACGCUCAUUCGAGACAUGCUGCUCUCCGGCAGCAGCUUCAACUGGCCUUACAUGUCCAUCCAGUGUUCAUAG